GUCACGGGGUUGGGAGAAGACGACAGAGCAGGAAUGAAAACAAGAGAGGGACACGCCUUCUCUCCUAAAGGUUAUAGCAGCUUAAUAAGUACUGCUGUCAGAGCUGCACAACCGUGGGCCUAUCGUGCACAGAGAGACUAAAUAACAACAACUAGAACAACAACAACACGCCUGUGAUUCACAGAAACAUCGAGAUUAGCAUUGCAGAAAUGGAGUCCACAGAAAUGUCCGACUACGUUGUCAGCAGUCGUUGGUGAUAAGCAGUCGAAAAUAACACUCGAAUCGUGUCACAAAAAUGCCCAACCAGAAGAGCAACAAGGGGAAGAAGAGCAAACGCACAAACAGUAGCGGAGAUGAGCAGGAAAAUGGAGCCUGUGCGGCCGCAAUAGGAGGCGCGGCCGCGGCUGCUGCUGCUGCUGCUGCACCCGGGAACGAGCGUUCGAGUGAAAUCCAGUGUGCGACCCCUCUGGGCUGCAGCUUGGGCCGUGCCAUUGACCUGGAGAAGGAUGACUACCAGCGGGUGCUCUGCAACAAUGAGCUGUGUCCUUACGGCAACUGGAUGCAUCUGCAGUGUUUCUAUGAGUGGGAGAGUUCCAUUCUGGUGCAGUUCAACUGCAUUGGCCGCGCACGCUCAUGGAAUGAGAAACAGUGCCGGCAGAACAUGUGGACCAAGAAGGGAUACGACCUGGCUUUCAGAUUCUGUUCCUGCCGUUGCGGCCAGGGUCACCUGAAGAAAGACACCGACUGGUAUCAGGUGAAACGCAUGCAGGACGAGAGAAAGAAGAAGCCAUCUGAGAGGAGCACUGGUCGGACGGGGGCCAGUGGAGGAGCUUCCGGGUCUGGGGACGGGUUGUUUGAGGAGCCGAGGAAAAGUAAGCCAGUGGUGGGAUCAGGUAAAACAGCACACAGAGCCUCGAGUCAGGAGCUACCAAGAAGACAAUCAGUGGAGCGCCAGAACUCUGUUGAGAGAGGAGCAGCAGGGGGACUUUUUCCUUUGGGGCCUCCUCACAAGUCUCCAUGUGACUCCCCAGGACAAUCUCCUCCAUCAGGUUUCUCCUUCUCGCCAACCUCCGUACUCGGACCUGGUGGAGGUGGGGCAGCUUUCCGGGGCUCCCGUCAAUUAGGAGAGUUUCUCAAAUCCGCAGUCCACAUGGACACGCAGCGCAAGCACCUUUUAGUCGGGGGAGCCCUGAGCAGAGGCUCUGGUGGUAUUCCUCAGCUUGACCCCGCCGCAGUGCUACCCCUGCCCAUGGCCUUCACCCUCCCGCUUCAUCACCGGCUCGCCUCGGGUAGUGUGGGUGACGGCGCUCUUCCUCAGCCCAUGCAGUUCCUAAGGAGGCUGGACCUCUCGGAACUUCUCACUCACGUCCCUCGCCAUAAACUGAACACCUACCAUGUUCGCAUGGAGGACGAUGCCCAGGCAGGCCAGGGAGAAGAACUACGCAGGUUCAUCCUGUCCACCCUCAGUGCGAGCCAGAGGAACGUGGUCAACUGUGCGCUGUGCCACCGGGCGCUGCCAGUGUUUGAACAAUUCCCGCUCGUGGACGGCACGAUGUUCCUCAGCCCCUCACGCCACGAUGAGAUUGAGUAUGAUGUUCCAUGCCACCUGCAAGGCAGGUUAAUGCACCUGUAUGCCAUAUGUGUGGAUUGUCUAGAAGGUGUCCACAAGAUCGUGUGCAUCAAGUGCAAGUCCCGCUGGGACGGGAGCUGGCACCAACUAGGCACCAUGUACACCUACGACAUCCUGGCUGCUUCACCUUGUUGCCAGGCUCGUCUAAACUGUAAACACUGCGGGAAGCCAGUGGUGGAUGUCCGUGUGGGGAUGCAGUAUUUCUCCGAGUACAGCAACGUCCAGCAAUGCCCUCACUGCGGCAACCUGGACUAUCAUUUUGUUAAACCCUUCUCCUCCUACAAAGUACUUGAGGCUUAUUGACAAAUGUUGUUCAUGCAUGCUAGUUAAAGCUGCUUAUCGUUUUUUUUUUUGUUUUUUUUUAGGAAAGUUUAUAUUUUCAGGAGGUGAGGAGGGGUUGGAUGUCUUAGGUUCUUAUUUGUUUGGUUUACUUUUGAAAUGUACAGACAGAGCAUGUACAAGUUCCAAGACUUUGUGUCUAAUGUUGAAAGCGCUAGACAGGUGUUGGUAAAGUGUGGGAGUGACUCUUUGAUGGAAACACGUUGAUCUGUGACACGUGAAUGUAUCUGUAAGACAAAUUAGAUCUUUAUUUUUACCAAAAACAAUAUCAUUGUUGAAUAAAGGCGAGAUACAUGGCAGUGUGAAUAUUUAUUCUCUGAUCAAGUACCCCAUGACCAGUGAUGUGUGGUCAGGGGAAAAAAUAAUGAUAACACAAAAUAAAUAUUAUUUGUCUAUUGAACUGUGUUAUAAAUGUAUUUUUCAGUAAUUGUUAACAUUUUUUUUUUUUUUUUACAUGAAGUU